UAUGGGUAUGCUUACGGAAUAGAUAUUGCAAUGGCAAGACCAGGGUUCCAUCGUUUGUUGCACUCUAUAAUUCGUGAAACCACUGCUUGGUAAUUGUGUUCUCAAGAAAAAGCAAUUAGCCAACUUCACAUCUUUGGAACAAUCUUAAAUCCGCAAUACACAACAUACACGAGCAGAGGCACAUAUAUAAUUAUACUUGCUACAACUACAAAUCCAGCCUAUCUCUAUCUGGUGGCAUUAACAGUUGAUAAAAUGCCAGAAGUUCAUUUACUCGUUUUCGGAGACCAGACUGAGACAGCGAUUCCUAUGGAUGAGCUUUAUCAGUACGCGCAUGAAUCCAAAUAUAUAAGCCAGUAUCUUCAAAAUUCAUUCGACGCAGUACAAAAUGUCUUGGAUAGCUUAAGUGAUACUGAAAAAGAACGAUUCAAGUUUGAUUCGUUUCAGAGCGUCGCAGAAAGAGUGAGACUGGAUAAAACGCCAGAUAUAGUAUUACGCACCCUCGUUCUAUGCGUUGCACAGCUUGGAUCCCUUAUAUUUACUCUGGAAAACGAUUCUGAUUUACGAAACUCAUGGGCGUCGCAAAACAUAAUGAUUGUCGCGUCUUGUGCGGGCCAGGUUCCAGCUGCUGCUGCGGCCACUACUCAUUCGAUUGAUGAUUUAGUCGCAGUGGCGCCCGAAAUUGUUGCUAUCUCGCUGCGGGUUGGCCUUGAUGUAGAUCGUCGAACUGCUGCACUUAGUAAUGACCGCACUGGAAGCUGGGCGCGGGCGGUUAUUGGUAUUUCUGGAGCCGACGCUCAGGCAUCUAUUGAUGAAUUUCACAAAAUCCAGGGCACGCCUCAAAGUAAGGUACCUUAUGUUGGCGCAACGUCUGCUUGGGCAACUACCAUAUUCGGUCCCCCUUCAACGCUACAGUCAUUCUUUUCUUCAAACCCGUUUGGGACAUCAAGAGUUAUAGAGCUCCCCGUGGCUGCUGUUUUUCAUGCCGCAAGCUUAGACAGGCCUGACACCGCAAAAAUAACCGGACCAGCCAGCAUACUUCAAAAGUUUUGGUUGAAAGACGUUUGUUUUCUCUCCAGCGAAGAUGGAGUAGCUUUUAAACCUCAACGCCUUGAUAGUCUUGUAUCCGAGGCUGAGUUAAAUAUGCUGAACAGGAUGACUGACAAUGAAAAGGUGUUCAAUGCGGUAAAACUAAAGAUUAAAGAUAAGCAGGUGGCCAUCACGCCUAUCGUUGCAACUAAAGUUUCUGAACGCCUGAAAAAGGCGUUAGGAGAGGCUAGCGCAACUGUCCGAACAGAGCUUUUGGUAGGCGGAUUGUAAUGUAGUUUCAAAAUGCACACAGGAAUGGCUAUUUCAAUAAUCUCCUUGUAUAGGAGAUGUCAUGUUUCAAGCGAUACAGGGAGUUAGCAAAUGAUAGUCAGAUGUAGCAAACACAACUUAGUAUAUGGCUUUCAAUCAACUAACAAGUAUGGUCAAGGCCAACUAAUACUUGCUCUGACUCUGCAAAGUAAGAGUUUAAGCUAGGCACCAUGUUCUGAUUUAGAAGACAUACGG